CAGCAGCUGAGUGUCCAGCCAGAGAGCGGCCCAGACGAACACCCCACCACCAGCCCAUGGAGCCCCGGCCACUGCUGCUGUUCCUUGGCCUCUGCUCAGCUGGCCUCGUCCUGGGCUCCGAACAUGAGACCCGCCUGGUGGCAAAGCUAUUUGAAAACUACAACAGCGUAGUACGGCCCGUGGAAGACCACCGCAAGGCCGUGGAGGUGACGGUGGGCCUGCAGCUGAUACAGCUCAUCAAUGUGGAUGAAGUAAAUCAGAUCGUGACAACCAAUGUUCGUCUGAAACAGCAAUGGGUGGAUUACAACUUAAAAUGGAACCCAGACGACUAUGGUGGCGUGAAAAGAAUUCACAUUCCAUCGGAAAAGAUCUGGCACCCGGACCUAGUUCUUUAUAACAAUGCAGAUGGCGACUUUGCCAUUGUCAAGUUCACCAAAGUGCUCCUGGACUACACUGGCCACAUCACGUGGACACCUCCCGCCAUCUUUAAAAGCUACUGUGAGAUCAUCGUCACCCACUUUCCCUUUGACGAACAGAACUGCAGCAUGAAGCUGGGCACCUGGACCUAUGACGGAUCCGUGGUGGCCAUCAACCCGGAAAGCGACCAGCCAGACCUAAGCAACUUCAUGGAGAGUGGGGAAUGGGUGAUCAAGGAGUCCCGGGGCUGGAAGCACUGGGUGUUCUACGCCUGCUGCCCCUCCACCCCCUACCUGGACAUCACCUACCACUUUGUCAUGCAGCGCCUGCCCCUCUACUUCAUCGUCAACGUCAUCAUUCCCUGCCUGCUCUUCUCCUUCUUAACCGGCCUGGUGUUCUACCUGCCCACGGACUCAGGAGAGAAGAUGACUCUGAGCAUCUCUGUCCUGCUGUCCUUAACCGUGUUCCUUCUGGUCAUUGUGGAGCUGAUCCCUUCCACCUCCAGUGCGGUGCCCUUGAUUGGGAAGUACAUGCUGUUCACCAUGGUGUUUGUCAUCGCAUCCAUCAUCAUCACCGUCAUCGUCAUCAACACACACCACCGCUCCCCCAGCACCCACGUCAUGCCCGAGUGGGUGCGGAAGGUUUUUAUCGACACUAUCCCAAAUAUCAUGUUCUUCUCCACGAUGAAAAGACCAUCCAGAGAAAAACAAGACAAAAAAAUUUUUACAGAAGACAUUGAUAUUUCUGACAUUUCUGGGAAGCCGGGACCUCCACCCAUGGGUUUCCACUCUCCCCUGAUCAAACACCCCGAGGUGAAAAGUGCCAUUGAGGGCAUCAAAUACAUCGCAGAGACCAUGAAGUCAGACCAGGAGUCCAAUAACGCGGCCGAGGAAUGGAAGUACGUUGCAAUGGUGAUGGACCACAUUCUCCUCGGAGUCUUCAUGCUCGUCUGCAUCAUCGGAACGCUGGCUGUGUUUGCAGGUCGGCUCAUUGAAUUAAACCAGCAAGGAUGAGCAGAAAGCUGAACUGAACCUCAGCGCCAGGGAAAUUCAUCUACUUGGAUACAUGCUCACUUACCAAACAUUUAAUUUUCUGUAUUUAUUAUUCGUGACAAAAGUUUCUGUUUACAUAAGGUUAUGGCCUCAAAGCGUCUUCACAUUGCUUCUCCCUUCACUCCUGCUGUGGCUGCCGGGAGAAUGAACCCUUUGCAGUAAAUGAAUCUGGAUUGCUACAUGAAGCGUUCAUUUCCAACAGUGUCCAGAAGAAUUUUGCCCAGGCUAACUGAGCUUUUCUGUUAGUUUUUGAAAUUUUUAAAUUUUACGCAAAGAGUCUAUCCUUUGCUUAAAAGUCAGUUUUGUACCUUCUACAAAAGCCCCAUCUACCAGUCCCAAAAAGAUGAAACAUUUGACUUGGAGAGAAAGAAAGCAGUAGAAAGACAAUAGGAAAAUUCUAGAGUGGCCACCACAAUGCAAACGGCCUCAAAAACUCAUGCUUUAAAGUAGGUUUCUAGAACUUGGGGGUGAGGGAAGGUCUUCCCAGUCUAAUACAGCACCUGAGCUUGAUGCUCGGGGUUUGAGGGAAAAGAGGUCCUAACCUGUAUUGAGCGUGGGCCCAGGCACUGUGGGAAGGGGCUCGCAGGCAUGUUUUUAUUUAUCCUCAGAACUCUCAUGACUGUCCCUGUUUUACAAAUGCGGAAACUGAACUUGAGGGAGGUUAAGUUCACGGCCCAAAAUAACAAGGAGAGCUGCCAUUUGAACCUAGACCUUGUAGGUUCAAAGCAGCUCUGGGCUGGGCCAGUUCAUCUGCUCGCUUGCUCUUUGGAUCAACUCUGGCUCCAUCUGGGCCAUUCUGCGACUCUGGUCAGUGUUUCUGAGAGGUUCAGUCCUAGUGUCAGCCAUCUUUCUGCCUUCCCAAUUAAACCGCCUGCCUUUUCCCCCAGUCCUUACCCCACUCCUGUUUGGGGUUCUAGUUCUAUAAAUGAAAUCCGAAAUGUGUGCACAUAUCAUCAUCAUUUCUGCAAUUCUGGACAAGGAGAGAAAAUUAUUUCCUUUCUCCACAGCAACCUAUAAGCCACAAGGCAGUUCACCCCAGAACUAGAAUAUGUGCAGCCCUGGGCUCAGUAAUGACCAUCAGAUCCCCAGAACACAUCUGAUCCACAUCAGUACCAGGGAGAACGGGGAAUGGCAGUGCCAGGCAGCCCGUCUGAAUGCAGGUGGGUUCGAUCUGCAUCUCCAUGGGACUCCCCAUCACACACCCGUGGCAGGACUGAGUGCCUUCAUUUAAGAGUAAACUAAAGGGAAAAAGGUUUGGCAAUUCCUCAAAAAGCAAAACGUAGAUGGGAGGGAGGCGCAAGAGGGAGGGGAUAUGGGGAUAUACGUGUGCAUAUAGCUGAUUCACUUUGUUAUACAGCAGCAACUAACACAACAUUGUAAAGCGACUAUACUCCAACAAAGAUGUUAAAAAAAAAAAAGCUGAACGUAGAAUUGUCAUAUGAUCCACCAAUUCCACUCCUAGGUAUACACCCAAAAGAACUGAAAGCAGGGACUUGAACAGAUACUUGGUCACCAAAGUUCACUGUAGGAUUAUUCACAAUAGCCGAAUGGUGGAAACCACCCAAAUGUCCAUCAAUAGAUAAACAAAAUGUGGUGUGUGUGUGUGUGUGUGUAUAUAUAUAUAUAUACACACACACACAUACAUAUACAUACAUUUAUAAUGAAUUAUUCAACCUUAAAGAGGAAUGAAAUUUUGAUACAUGUUACAAUACAGAUCAACCUUGAAAACAUUAUGCUAAGCCAGAUACAAAAGGACAAAUAUUGUAUGACUCCACUUAUAGAAGGUACCUAGAGUAGCCAAAUUCAUUAGACAGAAAAUAGAAUAGAGGCUACCAAGCUCUGGGGAAGGGGAGAGUUAUUGCUUAAUGGGUAGCGCUUCAGCCUGAGAUGAUGAAGAAGUUCCGGAAAUGGACAGUUCUGAUGGUUGUACAACACUGUGAAUGUACUUAACGCCACUGAUUGAAUGGUUAAACAUGGUUAAGAUAGUAAAUUUUAUGUGUAUUUAACCAUAAUUCAAAAUAAAAUAAAAGUGAAAAAA